AUGUCUGGGAGAUUUCUGGUACCUACUAGGGGCUUGAAAAUUUCGAGACUACAGGCAGCAGCCUCAGUUCUAUCAAAAUGCGGAACCGUGGGGUCUGUGAACUUCAAUACGCUUUCUAAGAAAAGAGUAGUUUACUCCAAGAGACAUAUUUCGAGUGCCAACGGAGUGGGAUCGUCAGAGACCAGAACCACGGUUAUUCAACUUUUGAACAAUAUUGGCUCGAAAAGGGAGGUUCAACAGUACUUGAAGUAUUUCACGUCGGUAUCUCAGCAACAGUUUGCUGUGAUUAAGGUCGGAGGUGCCAUUAUAAGCGAUAAUUUGCAAGAACUGGCCAGCUGUCUUGCUUUCCUUUACCAUGUGGGUCUAUAUCCUAUUGUUCUCCACGGUACUGGACCGCAGGUCAACAACAGACUAGAAGCCCAGGGAGUGGAACCUGACUAUAUUGACGGAAUCAGGAUCACCGACGAGCGCACCAUGGCUGUCGUGAGACAAUGUUUCUUGGAACAGAACUUGAAGCUGGUUACUGCGUUAGAACAGUUGGGGGUUCGUGCGAGACCGAUUACAUCUGGUGUUUUUUCUGCUGAGUACCUUGACAAGGAAAAAUACAAGCUGGUUGGAGACAUUACUGGUGUCACCAAGGACGCUAUUGAAGCUUCCAUUAAGGCUGGAGCUUUACCCAUUUUGACCUCUCUUGCGGAAACUGCGUCAGGUCAAACUCUGAAUGUCAAUGCAGAUAUUGCAGCUGGUGAGCUUGCGCGUAUUUUCGAGCCACUUAAGAUCGUCUACUUAAACGAAAAAGGUGGUAUCAUCAACGGAAGCACCGGAGAGAAAGUUUCCAUGAUCAACUUGGAUGAGGAAUAUGAUGAAUUGAUGAAACAAAGCUGGGUGAAGUAUGGCACCAAAUUGAAGAUCAAAGAGAUCAAGGAGUUGCUCGAUUUCUUGCCACGUUCCUCCUCUGUAGCCAUUAUCAACGUGCAGGAUUUACAAAAAGAGCUUUUCACGGAUUCUGGUGCAGGUACAAUGAUUAGAAGAGGUUACAAGCUUAUCAAGAGAAGCUCACUUUCAGAAUUUUCUUCGCCUGACGUUCUGAGAAAUGCUUUGCAGAGAGACUCGGAAAUCUCGUCAGGUGCACAGUCUGCCGCUGUCUAUUUUAGAGAAUUGGAGAAUACCAAAUUUGUCUCCUACUCGGACGAACCAUUGGACGUUCUGGCUAUUGUUAAAGAGAACGCUUUAGUUCCAAAACUCGACAAGUUUUUAUGCUCUAAGGCUGGUUGGUUGAACAAUGUGGCGGACAACGUAUUCAGUGCAUUGAAUCGCGAUUUUGCCGCCUUGCAAUGGGUCCUCAAUGAAGAUGAUGAGAACAUCUCUUGGCACUUCGAUAAGAGUGAGGGCUCCUACCUGAAAAAUGGCAAAGUUCUAUUCUGGUAUGGAAUUAAGGAUAUCGACACGGUGUCUCAACUAAUUAACAAUUUCGUAACAGAUGUUUCCACCGUUCAACAAGGCAAAUCAUCGGGUGUCUUUGCUGCAGGGCAGGCUAAGAGAGCCUAUUCUACUAGAUCUGCUCCAAAACCACAAGCUUCAAAUGAAAAUGUUAGCCGCGUUGCUCUAAUUGGUGCAAGAGGUUACACAGGUCAAAAUUUGAUUUCUUUGAUUGAUGGUCAUCCAAAGCUUGAGCUUGUUCAUGUUUCGUCUCGUGAACUCAAUGGCACACCGCUAAAGGGUUACAAUAAGUCUAAAAUCAUUUACGAAAAUCUUCAAAUCGAGGACAUCAAGAGACUAGAAGAACAGGGAGACGUUGACAUGUGGGUCAUGGCUCUUCCAAACAACGUUUGUAAGCCUUUUGUUGAAGCGAUUGAAAGUUCUAAAGGCAAGUCUAAGAUCAUUGACUUAUCUGCCGACUUCAGAUUUUCUCCUGAGACGGAGUGUGCGUAUGGUCUACCGGAACUGAACAACAGAGAUGACAUUGCGAAUGCAAAGAAGAUUGCGAACCCAGGCUGUUUUGCGACUGGCUCUCAGCUUGCCAUUGCGCCUCUUUCGAAAUACAUCGAUGGUCUCCCAACUAUUUUCGGACUUUCUGGAUACUCGGGUGCCGGUACGAAGCCUUCCCCAAAAAACGAUCCUGCCGUGUUGAAUAACAACGUCAUUCCUUACAGUCUCACGAAUCACAUCCACGAGCGCGAGGUUUCGACUCGUCUACAACACGAAGUUGCCUUCAUUCCACAUGUUGCUCAGUGGUUUCAAGGAAUUUCAUUAACUGUGUCAAUUCCCAUAAAGCAAGACUCUUUAACCGUUGAGCAAGUUCAACAGUUAUAUGAGGACUUCUACGCAGGUGAAGAGCUCGUACAUGUCACCGAAGCUGUGCCUUUGGUCAAGGACGUUGCCGGUACUCAUGGAGUUCUGAUUGGUGGUUUCAAAGUUAAUGACGCCAAAAACAGAGUUGUCGUUUGCGCCGUCAUCGACAACCUUCUCAAGGGAGCUGCCACUCAGUGUUUGCAGAAUAUCAAUCUAGCUCUUGGCUACGGAGAGUACGAUGGUAUUCCAAAGGACAAAAUUUUGAGAGCUUAG